AUGCUGCUUGUGUGUGCAGAUGAUGACAAAUCAGCACUUCGGCCGGGAUCCACAUAAAUAGGGUGGUUGCAGUGUUUCUCCUCAGAAGCUGCCUCAAGCGCACAUAGCAUACUACUCCCUAUCAAACUAUCAUGUCAAGCUCAGCUGAAGUUGUUGUUAUUUUCGGCGCCACCGGUCAGCAAGGUGCCUCCGUCCUGCGCUCGCUGGCUGGGUCGCCCAACUACCACAUCCGCGCUGUGACACGCUCUACUUCGUCAGCCAACGCCCAGCGUCUAAGCCACGAGUACCCUUCUGUAGAGUUGGUGGAGGCCGACCUCGAGGAUAUCAACACCGUCAUGAGUGCCGUCAGUGGCGCCAAUAUUGUGUUUGGAGUCACGCAGUUCUUCCAGUCUGCUAUAAUGAACAGCGACGAUCCCGUAGAGCGCGAGUACCAGCAAGGGAGAAACCUAGUCGAUGCCUGCGUUAAGCAGAACGUGCCUUAUGUAAUUUUCAGCUCAUGUCGGAGUGCCAAGCAUGAGACUAACGGAGAAAUCGGCGACAUUGCCUUCUUUGACGGCAAGUUCAGGGUCCAGGAAUAUCUGCUAAGCCAGCCGAUUAACGCCACCGUGAUCCUGCUGGCCGCCUAUUUCCAGAACUUCCUCACACGAGCACAACUAGCUGAUGACGGUGCCGUCGAAUUCUGGUACUCUGGAGACCUCGACGGCCCUGUUAUGCAAGUCGACCCGGAUAGAGACACGGGGCCAGUCGUCAGGUAUAUCAUAGAGAACCGAAAGGGAUACUUUGGCAAAGCCGUUCCGGUUACUGGUGGAGCAUAUUCUCCUCAGCAGGUUGCAGAUGCAUUCAGCAGGGUUGCCGGUGUCCCAACAAGGCUGGAGAACAUGGCACCAGAGAAACUGAUCAGCGAUGAUAUGCGCAAUAUGUUCAAGUUUUUUGCCAGGCAUGACUGGCUAGGAAAUCCAGAUGAAAUCCGCCAGUUUAACGCCAAGGUUGGCCACGAGUUCUCCACGCCAGACAUAUUCUGGCAAACGAAUGGGUGGAGGGGUCCCGAAUAAACACAGUACCUCGCCAUCUAAUUCAUUUACCAUGUAGUGGGGUUUCGAAUUAUCUCCAACAUCGUUUAGCAUUAUUAGGAUUUUAUGCUUAUUAAAGCUCGUCCAACAUCUUGACCUCGAA